AUGACGUAAUAGAAAUUCAAUAUUAUUGGGGUAUUGGCUUAAUCUAAAGAGAAUGAUAAAGUAGUCUUACAAAAUUUAAUUAAAAUAUUGAAAAGGGAGAAAAUUUAAAACUGAGUAGAAUUUCUUUUAUUAGAUCUAAAUGUAAAGUAAAUCGAAAAAGGAAAAUUAUAGGUAAAAUACUAAUGGCUAUUUGGUAAGAAAAUAGAUUAUCAAUUUGAAAAAAGUACUAUAAAGAGAAUAACAGAUUUUCUAACAAAAAUUAAGGAUCAUGAAUUUAAUCAACUGAUUUACUCAAUAAAAGAAUAUGAAGAAAUUAAAAAGAUCUUAUCACAAAAUAUCCUCAUAGAAUUACUAAAAAUUUUAGUUCAUCCUACUGCCUUAGAUGAGGAAGACAGUUUGUAUGGAUCAAAUUCUCUUCAUUUAUUAGUUUAAAUGAAGGUAGAUUUGAGAGAAGAAUCUUUUGUAAAUAUUAGAAUUAGAAAUACUUCACUAAUAGCAGCAAAUUUAGCCAGAUGUGACUUAAGUGAUUCUGAUUUGACAAUGUCAUUAAUAGUGGAAUGA